UAUUUUUGUUAUCUAAGAAUGGUUGGAAAGGGAAAAAUGUAUGUAGUAAAACGUGAUGGACGCAAAGAAAAUGUUCACUUCGACAAAAUAACAUCCAGGAUUUCCAAAUUAUGUUACAAUUUAGAUAUGGAUUAUGUAGACCCUUCUGCAAUUACUUUCCGUGUUAUCAGUGGUUUGUAUUCAGGGGUUACUACUACUGAAUUAGAUAAUCUUGCAGCUGAAACUGCAGCAACUAUGACAACUAAACAUCCAGAUUAUGCAAUAUUAGCUGCACGAAUUGCAGUCUCGAAUCUUCAUAAAGAGACAAAGAAAAGCUUUAGUGAUGUAAUACAAGAUUUAUAUCAUGUAAAGGAACAAUAUUCAAAAAAGAUGAAACCUGUUAUUAAUGAGAAGUAUUAUAAUAUCAUACAAAAUAAUGCAAAUAAGUUAAACUCUGCAAUAAUUUAUGAUAGAGACUUCAGCUAUAACUAUUUUGGUUUCAAAACGCUUGAAAGGAGUUACUUACUAAAAAUACAUGGGAAAGUUGUUGAAAGACCACAACAUAUGUUAAUGAGAGUUGCAGUUGCCAUCCAUGGUGAAGACAUAGAAAGAGUUAUAGAAACUUAUAAUUUUUUAUCAGAACGUUAUUUUACACAUGCAUCUCCAACACUUUUUUCUGCAUGUACUAUACAACAACAAAUGUCUAGUUGUUUUUUAUUAACAAUGGAAGAUGAUAGCAUUGAAGGAAUAUAUAAUACAUUAAAAAAGUGUGCACUUAUUAGUAAAUCGGCUGGUGGUAUUGGACUUAAUGUACAUUGUAUUCGAGCAAGAGGUACACCAAUAGCUGGUACACUUGGUGUAUCUAAUGGUUUGAUUCCUAUGAUCAGAGUAUAUAAUAAUACAGCGCGAUAUGUUGAUCAAGGUGGAAAUAAAAGACCAGGAGCAUUUGCUAUAUAUGUAGAACCAUGGCAUGCAGAUAUUUUUGAAUUUUUAGAUCUUAAAAAAAAUACAGGUAAGGAAGAAAAUAGAGCAAGAGAAUUAUUUUAUGCUUUAUGGAUACCUGAUCUUUUUAUGAAACGAGUUUUGAAUAAUGAAAAAUGGAGUUUAAUGUGUCCACACGAAUCUCCUGGUCUACAUGAUGUUUGGGGCGAUGAAUUUGAAGCUUUAUAUAUUCGAUAUGAGAAUGAGAAAAUAUAUAAACGUCAAAUUCAAGCUAGAGAAUUAUGGACAGCUAUUCUUGUUGCCCAAGUUGAAACAGGAACUCCUUAUAUGCUUUAUAAAGAUCAUUGCAAUCGUAAAUCAAAUCAUAAAAAUUUGGGAACAAUCAAGUGUAGUAAUUUGUGUACUGAAAUUGUAGAGUAUUCUAGUCCAAAUGAAAUUGCAGUGUGCAAUUUAGCCUCAAUUGCUGUAAAUAUGUUUGUAAAUUCUGAUAAUAGGACAUAUGAUUUUCAAAAGCUUCGAGAAGUGACAAAAAUUGUUACGCGUAAUUUAGACAAAGUUAUCGACGUCAAUUAUUAUCCGAUUUCAGAGGCAAAAGUAUCAAAUUUUAAACAUAGACCUAUGGGUAUUGGAGUUCAAGGUCUUGCAGAUGCAUUUCUUUUAAUGCGAUAUCCAUUUGAAAGUGAAGAGGCACAGAAGCUUAAUAUCCAGAUAUUUGAAACGUUAUAUUACAGUGCUUUAGAAGCUAGCUGUGAGCUUGCUGAGGAGAAAGGUACAUAUGAAACCUAUAAAGGAAGUCCAGUUAGUACCGGAAUUUUACAAUAUGACAUGUGGAAUGUUACUCCAACAGAUUUAUGGGAUUGGAAAACAUUAAAAGCAAAAAUUGCUAAACAUGGUAUUCGAAAUUCUUUACUAAUUGCACCUAUGCCAACAGCAUCUACUGCACAAAUUUUGGGAAAUAAUGAGUCUAUAGAACCAUAUACCAGUAAUAUUUAUACAAGAAGAGUUUUGUCAGGAGAGUUUCAAAUCGUAAAUCCUCAUUUGUUGCGAGAUUUAACUGAAAGAAAUCUUUGGAAUGAGGAUAUGAAGAAUGAAAUUAUAGCAAAUAAUGGUUCUAUCCAGAGUAUUGAGCAUAUACCAGAUGAUUUGAAAAUGCUUUAUAAAACAGUUUGGGAAAUACCACAAAAAAUAAUCUUAAAAAUGGCAGCAGAUCGUGGUGCAUUUAUAGAUCAAUCACAAUCAUUAAAUGUUCAUAUAGCUAAACCAACAACAGAAAAAUUGACAUCAAUGCAUUUUUAUGGAUGGAAAAUGGGUUUAAAAACUGGUAUGUAUUACUUAAGAACAAAGCCAGCAGCGAAUGCCCUUCAAUUUACAGUUGACAAAUCAAAGUUACAAAGUACGAACUCUGUCGCUUCUAAUCAAUCUGUUAAUUCUGAAAAUAGUAAUGAGGAAGAACCUAAUAAUACAUCGGGAAAUAAAUGGUCAUCUAAAGCCGAUGACGAAAAUAUAGAAACCGUAUUUGCAUGUUCUCGUGAAAAUGGAGAUGCGUGCAUGGCUUGUGGAUCAUAA